AUGUUGAGCAAAUUGGCCAUUCUAGGAAAAGGUUGGUACGGCUUCACACAUAUCCGUGAUCCGGAUAGCAUAUCGAGGAAAAUUCAAUCUCAGUCUCUUGCAGCCGUCCCAAAAGUAUGGGUAUCAUACUAUCAUCAUAACUUUGAUACCAACAUAAGCAGUUCAGAGUUAACCACUUUGAGGGCUUUGGGAAUUUACUAUCUACUGGAUAAUCAAUUUGUUAACUUGGGGAAAACUAUUCCAGAGGACAUGGAUGCCAUUGUCCAAUCCAAGUCAAAGAAAGUUAUGGGGCAUGCAUAUGUGAUACUUCUUUUGUGCAUGAAAGCUGGAGUUGAACCUUUGACAGGUGGAGUUAAGGUGUUUCCAUCCAAGGAAAUUGAUACCACAUGGAUUGGUAAGAUGAAUGUGGUUUCUGAAACUGAGGACGCAAAUAGACAGGGAGAAGGAAAUCAACUCAGUGAUAAUGUUUAA